CCGAUGAUGACCCAGGACGACUCGGGGCAAUGGCAAGAGGAUGAUAGUCAUGAACUGAAACGCGUCAAGGUCUACGAGCUCCAGGGAUCGCGUUGGGCCGACAAGGGGACCGCGUUCUGCUUCGGUGACUUUCAGGACAACGAAGCCCUCUUGAUUGCGCGGGCGGAGGCGGACUUCAACAAUGUCAUUCUUACCACCACCAUUCGGUGCAACGAUGUGUAUCAGCGACAGCAAGAUACAUUGAUUGUGUGGACGGAGCCGGAUGGUACAGACUAUGCCCUCAGCUUUCAGGAUCCAGAGGGCUGUGCGGAGGUGUGGCAUUUUAUCCAGGAAGUUCAGCGGCACCUGAAUGUCAGAGAGGACAUGGGUAUGUCUUCAUCCCCGAUGAUAGGCUCUGAACCGUCCAUCACUACUGCGAGCAUUAUUCGGUCUGGGCAUCUACCACAACCUCAACUGGGGAUCAUAGGCGAGAUUGAGAGGGCGAUUAAGACCCUGGCGCGAACAGCAGUCAUUAAGGAGCGAAUAUGUGAGUACAUACAAACCGAGGAAUACAUUAAGGGCAUGAUCGACGUCAUGAAUCAGGCGGAAGACCUAGAAAGCCUCGAAAAUCUCCAUGCCCUAUGCUCAUGUAUGCAGGCUAUCCUGAUGCUCAAUGACCACAGCUUGUAUGAGCAUAUCCUGGAGGACGACCUUUUCUUUGGCGUCGUCGGCAUGUUGGAAUACGAUCCGGAGUUCCCCAAGCACAAGGCAAAUUAUCGCGAGUUCCUUCACCAGGCAUCACACUUCCACCAACCCAUCUCACUCGGCGAUGAGGCUAUUCAGAGGAAGGUGCACCAUACAUAUCGCCUGCAAUUCCUCAAAGACGUUGUCCUCGCCCGCGCCAUCGACGAUUCAACGUUCAACGUUCUCAACUCCUGCAUUAUCUUCAACCAAAUCGACAUUAUUAACCACGUUCAGAACGACCCGUCUUUUCUUCGCGAGGUAGUCGGCCUGUUCAUGGACGAAGACCUGAUUCACGCGCUCGGGCUCGAGCCGUACAAAAUCAAGGAGGUGAAUGGAGACAGAAUGGACGUCGACCAGCCGGGGGAGAAAGCCAAUGGUGCAGCGCAGCUCAACGGCACAGUUGAGGGCCUGCCCCACUUCAAUCCCCCAUCAGAGGAGGAGCUGGCGCGUCGACGAGAGGUCAUCUACCUCAUCCAGCAGCUCUGUGUAAUGGGCAAGAACGUGCAGCUACCAGCUCGCAUGGCGCUAUUCCGGACACUGGUGGACCGAGGUAUUCUCUUUGCCGUGCAGUGGGCGCUUGGACAAUCGGAGACCGACGAGGAAGGGCGCCAGAUGAUUGCGGCGGCAGGAGAAGUCCUGACCGUGCUGCUUGAUCAUGAUCUCAACGGUGUACGCGGUCACGUGCUGAAACAGCUGAAUGCGAUGGAUCGGGAGAAGGCGAAUGGGAAAAAGAUUGUAGAGAAGGAGACCGUGCUUGCAUUGAUGUGCAGGAUCAUGGUGAGGAGCCGGGAUCUAGCCGUACAGAGUCAGGUGGGAGAAUCGUUAAGGACGUUGCUGGAGAUCCAGCCCGAUGUUCCUGACGCGCCCGCGCAGUCGAUGGUGGGAGUAAGGAUGCUUCAGCGUGCUAAGGAUGAUCCUGGGGUCGAGAAGUUCCUGGAAUAUUUCUACAAGCACUGCGUCGAGACGCUUUUCAGACCAUUCGGAGACAUUCCCGAGUUUAAGAACGCAAGUGACUCCUCGUUGACCAUGUCACGGGAGCGAGCGAAUCUUUUCCUCUACCUGUGUGACCUACUGUCCACCUUCACAUUGCAACACUCCUUCCGCAGUCAUUUCUAUAUCCUCUCAUCCAACGUUGCAAUACACGUUGCGUCGUUGCUGGGCGCCAGAGACAAGCACCUCCGCUUAGCCGCGUUCCGCUUCUUCCGGGCGUGCCUCAAGCUAAACAACAGUAAUAUAUUCAAGUACUUCAUUAAACAUGAUCUGCUACAGCCCAUCUUGGAUCUCACGGUGCAAGAAUCUCGACGAGACAAUCUUCUCAGUGCAACGUGCCAAGAAUUCUUCGAGUAUAUGCGAUCGGAGAACCUCAAGGAUGUCAUACAGCACUGUAUGACACAACACGAGGCGCAGAUACGGCAGUUGGCGGAGUCUCCGCUAGGGGGACCCCGCUUCCGCAACUUCAUUGCUCGUUGGGAGAUGAACAUUGAGCCACCACCAGAGGCAGAGAAGAUCGAGAAGUGCGGCCGGUUGCUCGAAGCAGAGGAAGAAGACUACUUCAACACAGACGACGACGUUGAAGAUGUACCCGUUCUCGGUCAACAACUGCCGAAAGGGAGUCCUCCCAAGCGCAGGCGACUCCGCGGCAUGGGUUUGCCGGGACGUGUACCUCGGAGCCAACAUCAGUCCAUGCCCUUACAGUCGCUUGGCGCACUUGUGGCGUAUGAUGACGGCGAGGAUGUCGGCGGUCUAGGUGCUCUUGAGGAUGAACCGGCCGCACCGGCGUCGCCAUCAUUACCUCGCUCACCAUCUGGUGGAUUUUUUGCUGGUGCUUCUUCUGAAGAUGUCCCCUCAAGUCCGCGUAUAUCACAUAAGCAGAUUGCGUCAAAGUCGUCUUCACCAUCUGACGACCAUGAUGAUCUUCUGGAGCAAUUGUUCAAGUCUGGACCAUCUUCGCCAUCGAAUGGGAAAGCACCGGAUAUUGUGGGCGCGAAACGACGGCGAGAUGACGAGGACGAUGAGCUGCUCGAGCGUCUGGCUAGCAGAUCCAAACGACCCAGCGUUGGGCCGAAUCCAGAGAAGGAGAACACUGAUCAUGCUAUGGUCAGUAAAGCAGGUCUAGCGAAGUCAACAGAUGAGGGACCAAAGAAGAUCAAGCUCAAAUUUGGGGCUGUGGGAGCCGCUGUCGCGUCUUCCACAUCCCCAUCUGCCCCAACUGCACCUUCAGAUCCUGGUUCGAAGGAAGGCGACAACGGUUAAUUAACUGCACUUAUUAUGGACGUGCGCUGUCCUGCUCUCAUGCAGUCACUAUAUUAUCUUCACGACAGUAUCAUAGCAUGCUUUGUAUGUCGUAGAGCUCAUGAAUCAAUCUUGUUGUUGCCAGG